AUGAAUUUCCUUUUAGAUCAACUUGGAACGAUUUUGAUAAAUUUAUUUAUUAUUAUCGCGAUAUUGUUAGAUGUGUUAUUUAAAAUUUACCAAAAACUUUUUGGAAGUGUUAAAAGUAUUUCUGGAGAAAUUGCUGUGGUAACUGGGGGAGCAGGAGGUCUUGGCAGAGCUAUUUCUGUCGAACUCGCUAAACAAGGUUGCCACAUUGUGAUUGUUGAUGUCAAUUUUGAGUUAGCGGAACAAACGGCGAAAUCUAUUCAUGAAAAAUAUAAAGUGAAAACGAAAGCUUAUAAGGUCGAUGUUACAAACUACGAAGAGGUAGUGGAACUUAAUAAAAAUAUUAGCAAUGAAAUAGGAAAAGCCACCAUAUUAGUAAAUAAUGCUGGUAUACUUACAUUAUCUGACCUUGUCAAUCCCGAUCCAAUAGAAGUUCAAAGAAUGAUUAAUGUUAAUUUGACAUCACAUUUAUGGACAAAUCGUGUAUUUUUACAAAAUAUGAAGGAAUUGAAUAAAGGUCACGUUGUUGCUAUAAGUUCUGUUGCAGGUUUAAUGCCUUUGGUUUUUAGUGCAGAAUAUACCAGUACGAAAUAUGGAGUACGUGGAUUAAUGGAAGUUUUAAGAUUGGAGUUAAAAAUUAUAAAGGGGUGUCAAAACAUCAGAACAACAACAGUUUUUCCAGUAUUUUUAGAUACAAAUGCGGCAAUUCUAAAAAAAAUUCAGAACAUAAAUAUGUCGAACAUAUUUUUAUCAAUACAGAGUGGUGAGAAAGUUGCCAAACGCAUUAUUCAAGGAUUGCUGCGGAAUGAGGAAAAUAUAACAAUUCCUGACUUGGUAUCAGCAUAUACAAAAUACAUAGAAAUUUCACCAAAUAAAGUCAAUAGUUGGUUUGCAUCAAUUAUGUAUUCUAAACAUGAAAUCAAAUUACUUAAGGAACAGGAAGUACAAAAACUACAAAGGCCUGAAAAUAUCACAUAA